AUGCCGAUAACGCGGUCAACAGGAAGAGGACGGAUCGAAACAAAACAGUCGCCGCCCUCAGAAACCACAGCUACAACACAGAGCAUGUGGACAGAAACAACCGCGAAAACCGUCAUGAGUCUGGUAGCCCCCACAACAGGAUCAUCGUGCGCAACAGCCAACACGGAAGCCACGACGAAACUCGCAGAGAAACCUGGGAACUCAAAAACAGAGGCCGUCAAACAGUAUAUAGUCAAACAGAAUGACGUGCCAACAAAACAGCGCGCCGGUACAGUCAAAACUGACCGGUCGCGAAACAGAAAAGAACAGAAGAUAGCCAAAGCUAGAGAAGAGCUCGCCCGCCUACAAGUGGAAUUGGCAGCCGCCCGACUGGCCACGCUCGAAGCUGGAUCUGAUGACGAAAACAGCGAAUCAGAAUACAGUAAGUCAGAACUCGAUGAAAGAAUGGGCACGUGGCUGGAAACCCAACCCACAAAAACAGAAAAUGACGACCAGCAUAAGGAAAAACCGGCGGGAGCCUGCGACAAACAAGACUUCUCAGAUCUAACCGCAGCAAUAACACUCGCCGUCAAAGCCGCCCGCGAACCAAUAUACACAGAAUUGCCAUUCUUUAAUGGAAACCACCAAGACUGGCUAUCCUUUCGUGCAGCCUAUCACGAGACGAUGAAUUCAUUUACAAAAACAGAAAAUAUAAACAGACUCAGAAGGAACUUGAAAGGAAGAGCAAAGGAAGCCGUCGACGGAUUACUUAUAACGAACGCUGAUCCGUCCGACGUCAUAAGAAGUCUAGAAGCGCGAUUCGGAAGACCGGAAACGAUAGCCAUAACGGAGUUAGACACGCUACGAGCUCUGCCAAGACUAACAGAAACACCAAGAGACAUUUGUAUAUUCUCCAGUAAGGUGACCAACGCCGUAGCUACGCUUCGUGCAUUAAAUUGCACACAUUACUUAUAUAAUCCGGAAACUACCAAAACAAUGUUAGAAAAACUCACACCAACACUACGUUACCGAUACUACGACUUCACCGCGAUACAACCGAAGGAGGAUCCGGAUCUGAUUAAAUUUGAAAAAUUCAUGAAAACAGAAGCCGAACUGUGCAGCCCUUAUGCACAGCCUGAACAGGCGGGGCACUACUCGCAGCCCGCACAACACAACAGACGCACACAGAACGUGCACAUAGUCAGUGAGAAGCCAUCACUAGCUAAAUGUCCGGUAUGUAGCAACACUGAACACACCACAACAGACUGCUACAUAUUCAAGAAGGCAGACUCAAACACAAGAUGGGACAUCGCUAAGAAUACCCACCUGUGCUUCCGAUGUCUCAAGUAUAGAAAUAAAACCCACAACUGUAGACCGAAGACUUGUGGCAUCAAUGAUUGCAAAUAUACUCACAACAAGAUGCUACACUUCGACAGAAAAAUUGAAAAAACAGACAACAGUGACAAGGAAACAACAGAGAACAUUAAUUCCGCUUGGACCGGAAAACAGAAACAGUCCUAUUUGAAAAUAAUCCCAGUCCAAGUAGGACCAAUAAGCACAGUUGAUACAUACGCGCUGCUCGACGAUGGAUCGACGGUGACACUCAUAGACGAAAUCAUCUGCAAGAAGACUGGAAUAACAGGACCAAUCGAUCCGUUACACAUACAGGCGAUUAACAACAUAAAAUCAACGGAAACAAGGUCAAGAAGAGUCAACCUCACGCUCAGAGGCCUCAACAGUCGACAAGAAAUAAUACAAGCGAGAACAGUUAACGACCUACAAGUAACAGCACAAAAAAUACCAAAGGAACAGAUAGAUGAAUAUUCGCACCUACGAGACAUCAGUGACAUCAUCACGUACGAGAACGCGAAACCUGGAAUCCUUAUUGGCCAAGACAACUGGCACAUGUUACUAACUUCGAAAGUUAGACGAGGCAACAGGAAUCAGCCAAUAGCGUCACUGACACCUCUAAGCUGGGUACUGCAUGGAGGUCGCACUCGUACCCUAGGCCACCACAUAAACUACAUAAAUCAUGCCAGCGAAACCCAGGAAAAUGAUAAAAUAGAAAAUCUGGUAAAACAGUACUUCGCUAUGGAUGCGCUAUGCAUCACACCAAGAAAACCAAAAACAGACCCAGAGGAACAGGCGCUUCGCAUCCUCAACACGACUGAUAAUAUAGAAAACAAACUCGAUCGUAAUCCGGAACUGAAACAAAAAUACACAGAACAGACGGAAGCACUCGUCGCGAAAGGCUACGCCGAGCCCGCUCCAAAAACAAAAACAGAGAACAGAACGUGGUAUCUACCUCACUUCGCCGUCGGGAACCCCCUGAAGCCGGAAAAACUCCGAGUUGUCCACGAUACCGCCGCCAGGAUAGGAGGGGUAGCUUUGAAUUAUAUGCUGCUUAAGGUACCGGACGUACUCCAAUCACUGCCAGGAGUGAUAAUGAGAUUCAGACAGCAUAAUAUAGCAGUAACAGCAGACAUCAAAGAGAUGUUCAUACAAGUAAAAUUGAGACCUGAAGACAAAGACGCGCUCCGUUAUCUCUGGCGCAAAGAUCAGCGAGAUGACAAGCCCCCAGAAGAAAACAGAAUGACCUCGUUGAUCUUCGGGGCGUCAAGUUCUCCUUCCACAGCAAUAUAUGUAAAGAACUUGACCGCCCAGAAACAAGAAGCCACGCACCCGGAGGCGGCAGUCGCAGUACAGAACAGACACUACGAAGACGACUACUUGGACAUUUUUAAAGGUUUAAAAGAUGCAGUACUCGUAACAACAGACUUUCGUCGAAAACACGAAAGAAAGCCGACCUCGAAGACCUUCUGGAGCGACAGUAAGAUAGUGUUGAGAUGGACAAGGACGGGAUCACGCUCGUACAAACCUUACGUCACCCAACGCCUGACAGCUAUAGAAGACAGUGCAACAGUAAACGGGAGGCGAUGGUUACCCACGAAGCUUAACUUAGCCGACGACGUGACCCGAGACGUCCCAAUGCCGUACCACAACGAACAUAGGUGGUUCAGAGGGCCAGAAUUCCUACGCCAACGAGAGGACCCCUGGCCGACGGAAUCGGCGUCAGAAACUACAGAACCGAUGGGUGAAUCGCUCGCCGCGUACCAUAUGGCCAAAGAUUAA